AUGGCCAGCUUAAUGACAAGGAGGAUGUACGCGGUUCUGGGGCUGACCAUCGUCCUCAUUGUCGGAUUUUCCUGGCACAUAUCAUCGCCGUCGGCCAACUCUAGGGGAUACAUCAAGGACCUGCUUCACAUCUCAAACCCAAGCUAUGUUCUUGAGUCUCAGGAGUGUGAGAGGCCUCCUUCUGCGCAAGAUCCACAGCAGGUAUAUCUACCGAUACCAUCAGCAGUGGAACAUCCCAUAAUACACACAAGUCCUGCACUAUCGACAGCCUCUCCGGAAGCACCAGCAAGCGCUCAUUCGGCAGAGGUUGAUGCGCCCGGCUACGGCAGCAAGCUCCCAUUCGAAAAUGAUCUGGCCCUCGAAUUCCCUAAGAUCGAUGUUGACCACCUCAAAACGAUGGCGCCACAUCACUACAAAGGUCCUGGCCAUGCAACCUUCGCGUUGAUUUUCCUGAGCCGCAAUGGCUCCAUACAAGAUCCGUACUUCCUCGCCACUCAUGAAGUUGUGUUUCGACUUCUCUGGAAACCAGACACGAAAUCCACAGAGCACUCCGUGACUGUAUUCGUUGCACCUUUCGUAUCGCAGGAACAACGGUCGUCCUUCGAAGCCAUCGGCGCAAUCGUGCGAGAAGUCCAGGAGAUGCCAUUCCGAUCAGACCUGCACAAUGGCAAUUCCAUCUCACACAGGUUCCGGGAUGUGUUCUCAAAGCUCGAGAUGUGGGCUCAGACUGAUUUCAGCCGGAUUGCUUACCUGGACUCGGAUGCGUUUCCUCUGGUCAAUAUCGAUGCGCUCCUGAGCCAACAGCUCGCUCCUGAACGAAGUUGUCGACGAGAGCUGCUUUGGACGGAGGACCAGACACAUGCCGAGGAGAGUUGUCGGUACACUUUCACAGCGGUGCAAGACUUGGGCGUUAGUAGCAUGUUCAAUGCCGGGGUGAUGGUGCUUCGGCCGGAUAGCGCGAUGCAUGAGCUUCUUCUGGCAGAUUUCCACGAUCCAGACAAUACUGGACUUCUGAACAGCGGCUUCCCUGGGCAAGGUCUUCUGAGCCAUGUAUUUCGCCUAGAUGGACCUUUUCCGGCAACGGUGAUCGGUAAAGCUUGGAAUGGUGAUGCUGGAGUGAAGGACGCUGGCGGGCAGUUGAACAUAUUGCACGCCAAACUAUGGGCGUUGGUGCACGAAGGACGGCAUUGGACGGAUGGAUUGUUCGUGAAGACGUGGCAGGAGUUGAGCACUUUGUAUGGCAGUGAGGAGUUCGGCAGCAGGCGUGCUCAGGAUACCGUGCUCUGGAAGGAGUACUUCAGCGCGAGCGGGAGUGGUGGUGUAGUAUGA